AUGGCCGACAGGUUCGUCCCACCGCCCAAUGGGCAGGGUAACACAAGGCAGGUGCGCACCUUGAUGGCCACGCUAAGGUCAGCGCCAAGAACUACCAGACAAACCCAACUUGGCGAAUGA